GUCCAGAGUAACGUGGUAUCCUGUUCCUCCAGUUCAUGAGAGCGUGUCAGUGCGGGAUUCAGUCUGUUACUCGGCCCAAGACGCGGUUAGAGUUGUCAUUCACAAAAUCAAGCUUUUAUAGUAUGCCGUGUGAAGUUGCUGCUCGCUUCUUGAUAUUGUAUGGAUCUCAGCGUGGUCAGGCUCAGUCUAUAGCCGAAGAGAUCUGCCAACAAGCAGCCGAACAUGGGUUUACAGCUGACAUCAACUGUCUGAGCAACCAGCACAAGUACAACUUGGAUAGUGAAAUCCAGCCAGUUGUUUUUGUGGUUUCCACGACCGGUGAUGGUGACCCCCCGGACACAGCUCAGAAGUUUGUGAGAAAGAUCAAGAACAAAUCUCUGCCACACAACCACUUCUCCCAUCUGCAUUAUGCACUGUUAGCUUUGGGAGACACAAACUAUGCAAAUUUCUGCAACGGGGGCAAGACCAUUGACAGCCGUCUGCAGCAGCUUGGUGCUAAACAUUUCUAUGCCACUGGGCAUGCAGAUGACGGCACUGGACUUGAAGUAGUGGUGGAUCCUUGGAUUGAGGGACUCUGGGACGCUCUGAAAAAAACGUUCUCCAGCAUGGCUACUUCAGAUCAACAGGACACUGACCUUAGUGACUGUACACAGGACAAUUUUCAUAAAAAUGCAUCUGGCCAGGAAAAAUAUAAGUCGGAUCUAGAAGUUGAUCUUCAUCUUUUAAAGCUGAGUGAAACAGACUCACAAAAAGGAAAAGCGAUUACAUCUGACAGCAUUGAUGUAGAGACUCUUUCUACAGUGUUGGUUGCAUCUCUGAAGCAAUCGGUACCACCGUUGUCAGAGUCUGCUCUUAAUGUUCCUGCACUUCCCGCUUCAUAUCUGGAGGUCCGUUUGGAGAAGGUGUCAACUGAAGGGGAGACAGUCCCAUCUGAUAAAGACGGUUAUCAUGAGGUGUCCAUUUCAAAAGCAGUUCAAUUAACUCAAGAUGAUGCAGUGAAAACUGCCAUCUCACUGGAGCUUGAUAUUUCGGAGCAGAACCUUGCUUAUCAGCCUGGAGACGCCUUUGAUAUUCUCUGUCCAAACAGAGCCAGUGAAGUUGAGGAGUUGCUGCUCAGACUGGAUCUGCAAACACAAAAGAAUUGUGCUGUUCAGGUCAACUUGCUUAAAAACAGCAGUAAGAAAGCAGCAAAAAUUCCUCUUCGCAUCCCACAGAAUGGCUCUUUGCAGUUUAUUCUCACCUGGUGUUUGGAGAUAAGGCGCGCUCCAAACAAAGCUUUUGUGCGAGCAUUGGCGGACUUCACUCAGAACAGUUCAGAGAAAAGAAGGCUUCUGGAGCUGUGUAGCAAAGAAGGCUCAGCAGACUACAACAGCUUUGUCAGGGACGCCAACGUAUGUUUGCUGGAUCUGCUUCGGGCCUUCCCAUCCUGCCUACCUCCACUCAGCCUUCUGUUCGAACAUUUGCCAAAGCUUCAGCCCAGAGCCUAUUCUGCUGCCAGCUCCAGCCUUCAGCACCCUGGGAAAGUUCAUUUCGUGUUCAAUGUUGUGGAGUUACCUGCACGUCCCGAGCAUCCGGCGAGGACGGGGUUGUGUACGGGCUGGCUGGCUGGUCACGUCUCCUCAAUCUUGUGGCCCCUUGGGACGGUACCGGCUUCAGAGCGUCUAGGCACAUCAGCCCAGCCGAAGGUACAUGUCAGGCCUCGUCCCAGCAGCACCUUCCACUUACCAGCCGACCUGUCUGUUCCUGUAGUGAUGGUGGGUCCUGGGACAGGUGUGGCCCCCUUCAUUGGAUUUCUUCAACAAAGAGAGAAAGAACGUGAAGCGAACCAGGAAGCAACUUUCGGAGAGACGUGGCUCUUUUUUGGAUGCCGCCACAAAGACAAAGACUUUCUUUUCAGAGAGGAGUUGGAGAGAUUUGCGCAUAAUGGAACCCUGAGCCAUCUGAUCGUGUGCUUCUCCAGAGAUGAGCCUGAUGCAGCGGGAACCAUUAACAGACCAACAUAUGUCCAGCAUAACUUGAGUCUCCAUGCUAAAAAUGUUGCCAGCAUCCUCAUCAAAGACAAAGGCUCUCUCUAUGUCUGUGGGGAUGCAAAGAACAUGACAAAGGAUGUGAAUGACACACUGUUGGAGAUCAUAGGAAAUGAACUUCAAAUCGAUAAACUGGAUGCUAUGAAGACAGUAGCAGGACUUCGUGAGGAGAAGCGAUAUCUACAGGACAUCUGGAGUUAAGAAACUCAUACAGAACACAAAUAAUCGUAAACAGAUGUGCAAGCUACUUUUUGGCCCUUUUAUUUCUUAUCCACACAACAGGUGCUAUUGAGUGAUAGCCAAAUUCAUUAACCAACUGCCUUUCAACUGCCUUAAGUCUCAAGGCUUUUUCCCUUCUUUUCAAGUAUUUUAAAAGCUUUUAGUAAAUUAUCUGAAGGUACGGUUAAAAACGCUUAGAUUAGAUAUGUUUGGUCAAAACUUUUGACUGUGCCUUUUUAUGCAAUUAUUAAAGAGGAGCCCUGCAUAACCGUUUCAUUCUUUGAGGACCGUUUCUGUACGUUUAGAUAAAGCUCAGGUAAAAUAUGCAUAAUGCAUCAGACUCGGCAGGCAGGAGGAUGCUAGACAUGAGAAACCAAAACAUGACAGACUGGAUGGGAAAACUGUCAGAAGCUGCCAAAUCCAGGAUCAUCGGCAGCAUUUCCGUGUUUUUCAAUUCCAACAGUUUUUUUAAGAUUAGAGAGGAUACUCUAGAGUCAUCCAUUUUCUUCCCAAAAAGCAUUUUGCCAUUUAGGUUUGAAAUUCACCUCAGGUACCCACAGCAAUUAUACUGGUCUAGAGAGUUGGUGAGUCUAUUGUUAUACCCCAAUAUUUUGUUAAAGCUGUCGGGCUAAGAAAACAUUUUAAUGAAAAGUCUUUAACAUGAUACCUGUACUCACUGUAAUUAGUCCAAAAUAAAAUGCAUACUAAAAAAGAAAAGUAGUAUUUAACAGACUGUCAUUUUAUGGCAAGGGCUGUGUAACAAUUCUUCAUAAAUGUCUAAUUUUGAGUACAUAAUAUUCACUGUUCAUUAUUUGUAUUUUCUUUG